AUGCCUGUCCCUUUCAGUUUUCCCUUUCAAUUCUCUCUUUUCAACCGCGCCGCUGCACAGCCUCAGGAAGAGCCGGCAGCACCGCAAACCCCGCCAAACCCUCCCUCUCUCACGUCAUCGCUGUCGUCUGCCUCGUCCGUCUCUGGCGCGUCUUCCACUCCCUCGACCAUCUCCGACGUCCAGUCCCAAGUUCGCUCGUUAUUACAGGACGGGACUUCCAUAUAUGCCGCUUCUCCAGCACUUUCGGACCGCAGCACUCCCAAACCACCAAGCUUUGUGGGUUUUCGCCGUGGCCUUGAUACCCCGGAAACCAUCUCGCCAGAUGGUGGUUUUGCAAGGGGCUUCACUGAACCUCCGGCCCCUCUAUACCACCAGUAUCCAACUGCUGGUUUUGCGAGGGAUUUCACCGACUAUGAGACCCCUCUUCACCACCAAUAUCCGACCGGCCCGUACCGCCCAGCAGUUCUUUCCAGCCCCCAGCAUGAUGUCCCUGCGCCUCCUCCAGCAGUCUACACCCGGGAACCAUCGUUCAACGAUGCCGUUGAUCCAGAAACGGCGCAGCUUGCUUCUCUCGUCAACAAGAGGGCAAAGAAAAGACAGCAAGGAGCAUGGGUGAGGAGGCGCGGUUCGCGCAGGACAAGAGGCCGACGCCGAAGCUCCCGCAGGGGGUGGGGGCCCUCUAGCCCCCAGGCGAGGAAGAAGGCGUUGCUGCUCUUUGGCAGCGGUCUAUUCCUUGCCAUGAUUUUGACAGUUUACCUUUCGAUCGCUCUCACUCGUCCCCACACCGGCCAGGAAGUGCACGUUCUCUUCAUUCUCAUCAUUCUCAGUACCACGAUCCUUUUCUGCCACUCGCUGGUUCGGCUUUGCAUGUUGUCCUUCGGCCCGCAGCGCGGAGACGAUGGACCAAGAAUCCCCGAAGUCACUGGACCGGAUGGUUUUCAACCCGACAGACCGAUACGCGUGCACAUGGCACGCGACGAGGAGCUCGGAGAAGAAGAAGAAGAAGACGACGACGACGACCGGACUCUGCACGGUGCUAUGGAUCCCGAGAAGGAGGUUCUCAAAGCACCGCCGCCCGCUUACGGUCUCUGGCGAUGCAGUGUGCCCAUCAACCCGGAUCUGCUUUACUGGCAACGAGUCGACGGCGGGAUGCAUCCGCUCCAUCAGAACCCGGUGUCUCCCAACCCACCAGUCGACGCGAACGCACAGCCGACGGAGCUGCUGGACCCUUUCCAAACUCCGCAUCUGGGGCAGCAGCCGCCGCCGCCGACGCAGACGCGGCAGGGUGGCCUUCAUCCGAAUAGGGAAGGUGGUGAGCAGGUGCCAAGGCCACCGAGCUACGUGUCUGACGACGGGGUGCGGUAUGUGGUGGAGGCCGCUCCGCGAUCAGUCGCACCAGCCGUUCAUGAAGACACUUUGAGCGAUGUGCAUCCCGCUUACAGGGGCGGGCUCGGUAUUGGACGGUAA